CGGGGUCUGCACAGCGCGCCACCCUGCUGGACCCAGUAGGAGGGCGCGUAGAUCCCCUGGGAGGGCACUGGAACCGUAGUCAGGGUCCAACUCCUCCUGGUCUAGGGAGGCGAAAUCCAUCCCGCCCGGGCACACCCGCCCUUUCUCGGCGUGGGAGCCGUCUAGCCACGCUCAGACCUCGGCCUCCGCGCGCGUUCCUCCCCCGCAUCGCGCUCUGAGCUGCGCCUCGGCCGGAGGUGGCGCUCUGUGCGCCCCGCGGAUCCCGACGCGGGAGGCUCAGAACCCGGGGGACCCUCACCCGUGGCUCCUUUCCCUUCCAUCCCCUCGACUUCCCGGCUCAGGGCACGGCCCUGCCUUCGGCGCGGGAGUGGGGGACUGGGGGGCGCGGGUCCCAGGGUGGGGACGAGGCGGGCUGCAGGCCGGUCCCCCGACCGGAGCUCGCUCCCAAGUGGAAAUGUGGGUGGAGGGUCCUCAUUCAGAUGCCCCAGGCUUCGGAUCCUGGGCGGGGGCGCAUGGCAGCCGCCAGGAGCCUGGCUGGAGCGCCCGCCCCGCGGCCUCGCCUCUCCGCCGAGCCUCCAGCGCCUCGGGACGCGAUGAGGACCUGGGCUUGCCUGCUGCUACUCGGCUGCGGAUACCUCGCCCAUGCUUUGGCCGAGGAAGCCGAGAUCCCCCGCGAGGUGAUCGAGAGGCUGGCGCACAGUCAGAUCCACAGCAUCCGGGACCUCCAGCGACUCCUGGAGAUAGACUCCGGAGUGAGGAUCCUUUGGACACCAGCCUGAGAGUUCACGGGGUCCACGCCACCAAGCAUGCGGCUGAGAAGCGGCCCCUGCCCAUUCGAAGGAAGAGAAGCAUUGAGGAAGCUGUCCCCGCUGUCUGCAAGACCAGGACGGUCAUUUACGAGAUUCCUCGGAGUCAGGUUGACCCCACGUCCGCCAACUUCCUGAUCUGGCCCCCGUGCGUGGAGGUGAAGCGCUGCACCGGCUGCUGCAACACAAGCAGUGUCAAGUGCCAGCCCUCACGCAUCCACCACCGCAGCGUCAAGGUGGCCAAGGUGGAAUACGUCAGGAAGAAACCAAAAUUAAAAGAAGUCCAGGUGAGGUUAGAGGAGCAUUUGGAGUGCGCCUGCGCAACCACCAGCCUGAAUCCGGAUUAUCGGGAAGAGGACACAGGAAGGCCUAGGGAGUCAGGUAAAAAACGGAAAAGAAAAAGGUUAAAACCCACCUAAAGCAGCCAACCAGAUGUGAGGUGAGGAUGAGCCGCAGCCCUUUCCUGGGACAUGGAUGUACAUGGCGUGUUACAUUCCUGAACCUACUAUGUACGGUGCUUUAUUGCCAGUGUGCGGUCUUUGUUCUCCUCCGUGAAAAACUGUGUCCAAGAACACUCGGGAGAACAAAGAGACAGUGCACAUUUGUUUAAUGUGACAUCAAAGCAAGUAUUGUAGCACUCGGUGAAGCAGUAAGAAGCUUCCUUGUCAAAGAGAGAGAGAGAGAGAGAGAAAACAAAACCACAAAACAUGACAAAAACAAAACGGACUCACAAAAAUAUCUAAACUCGACGAGAUGGAGGGUCGCUCCCGUGGGAUGGAAGUGCAGAGGUCUCAGCAGACUGGAUUUCUGUCCGGGUGGUCACAGGUGCUUUUUUGCCGAGGAUGCAGAGCCUGCUUUGGGAACGACUCCAGAGGGGUGCUGGCGGGCUCUGCAGGGGCACGCAGAAAGCAGGAAUGUCUUGGAAACCGCCACGCGAACUUUAGAAACCACACCUCCUCGCUGUAGUAUUUAAGCCCAUACAGAAACCUUCCUGAGAGCCUUAAGUGGAAAUUUUUUUUUUUUUUUUUUUUUUUUACACCAUAAAGUGAUUAUUAAGCUUUCCUUUUUACUCUUUGGCUAGCUUUUUUUUUUUUUUUUUUUUUUUUUAAAUUAUCUCUUGGAUGACAUUUACACCGAUAACACACAGGCUGCUGUAACUGUCAGGACAGUGCGACGGUAUUUUUCCUAGCAAGAUGCAAACUAAUGAGAUGUAUUAAAAUAAACAUGGUAUACCUACCUAUGCAUCAUUUCCUAAAUGUUUCUGGCUUUGUGUUUCUCCCUUACCCUGCUUUAUUUUUUAAUUUAAGCCAUUUUGAAAGAACUAUGCGUCAACCAAUCGUAUGCCGUCCCUGCGGCACCUGCCCCAGAGCCCCUGUUUGUGGCUGAGUGACACCUUGUUCCCCGCAGUGUACACCUAGAAUGCUGUGUUCCCGCGCGGCACAUGAGAUGCAUUGCCGCUUCUAUCUGUGUUGUCGUACCCUGGUGCCGUGGUGGCGGUCACUCCCUCUGCUGCCAGUGUUUGGACAGAAUCCAAAUUCUUUAUUUUUGGUAAGAUAUUGUGCUUUAUGUGUAUUAACAGAAAUGUGUGUGUGUGGUUUGUUUUUUUGUAAAGGUGAAGUUUGUAUGUUUACCUAAUAUUACCUGUUUUAUAUACCUGAGAGCCUGCUAUGUUCAUUUUUGUUGAUCCAAAAUUAAAAAAAAAUACCACCAACAAAA